AGCUGGAGAAGGAACGAAACCGAGGCAUUGGAAAGCCCCUGCUAGGAGGGCCCUUCUCGCUCAUCAGCCAUGAGGGACAGCCCAAGACCAGCAAGGACUACAUCGGCCAGUGGGUGCUGAUCUAUUUUGGCUUCACACACUGCCCUGACAUCUGUCCUGAUGAACUGGAGAAGAUGAUUGAAGUGGUAGAUGAAAUUGAUAGAAUUCCAUCUUUGCCUAAUCUGACUCCGCUCUUCAUCACCAUUGAUCCUGAGAGGGACAACGAAGAAGCCGUUGCCAGAUAUGUCAGAGAAUUUUCUCCGAAGCUGGUCGGAUUGACUGGUAGCAAGGCACAGAUUGACCAGGUGGCCAAAGCUUACCGUGUGUACUACAGUGAGGGGCCCAAAGAUGAAGACGAUGAUUACAUAGUGGAUCACACAAUAAUAAUGUACCUCCUCGGGCCAGAUGGUGACUUCGUGGACUAUUAUGGCCAGAAUAAGAGGAGCACUGAGAUUUCUGCUUCUAUUACUGCACACAUGAGAAAAUACAGGUCCUAAACCACAAGGUCUUCAAAGAUUGAUAUGGACAUCACCCGUAGGUUUGGCUGUAAUUGGGCAUUGGAGUUAAAGCAGAAGCAUACAAGUGUAAUGUUCUGUCACCACAUGCCUCCUUUCUUCCAAAUAAGAAAGGCAAUCAUACUUCUGUAAAAUACCAUUAUCAAAAGUCUCUAUGGAGCCUUCUCCAUGGACACUGCAGCAAGAUCUAGGCUACAGAGUGAAGUUUGGGACUUC